CACGUGCACGCGGUGAGAUCGUAACUCGUACCGUAACGUGUUUCUUGUUUUUCUACUCAGGUUUUUGCCGUUGUCGGAGGUUUCCGAAAACCUAUUGAAUAUUUGUGAUUAAGAAUCGAUUGUACAUCCAUUUGAGGUUGCACAAUGGAAGUGGAUUGCGAUCGAAUAUAUCGCAGCCUGCGAUGGUUACGAGAAGAGUUGAAAUGUGUGCAUGUUGAACCAUUUUUAAGGUUAUCCCGUUUAACAUCAUCGGAUAUGGACCAAUUAGUGACGGUGCUAGGUCAGUUGAUUGUGGAUCCGCAAUAUACGGAACAAAUCGGUAGUUCGUUUGCCAACGUUCUGCUUUUGAUUGUUACCAAUGCAUUUAACGGAAGCAACGACGAGGCACAGUUUCUGAAUGGCACAUCCGAAAUGAACGUUGAAAACCAUCGUAGACGAUGUGUUGCCUUAUCCAAACUAAUCAAUUGCUGUCCAAGUGUGCUAAGGUUCAGUAUUUCCUUUUUCCGUGCAAAUCCUGCGCCAUUCGGGUCAGACGAAUCAUUGAGCUAUGUUCCAAAAUCGAAACAGAAGAAAAGCGAUGGGGUACCCGUUACCGAUCUAGAGCUGGCCCAGUGUUGUUAUCGUUUUUUGGUCGCGGAUACAAGCUACUUUCGAUCCGCGUGGAAUUGGGCUGAUUUUUUCGAUCGUUUCGAAGGACACGGUUGUCACCGAGAAAAAUAUUACUAUAACAGAAUAGUAGCGAUAGUUGUCGGUAUGAGUCAGAGCGAUUUAAAUCAACUCGAUCGGAACAUUCCGGUUGAAGUGAUCGUCGGUGAACAGAUGGCGCAGCGACAGAUUGUCGAAGGGAGGUCGGAAGAUUAUACCGCAGAAUGCGGUAGGAAGAUAGUUUGGGAUUUUAAAAGUAACUUUGUCACCAAUGUGGCGGAUGUUGCUCUGCCAAUUUUCGACUACGACAAUUGUAAGUUCUACCAAAACCACGUUUGUCCGGAUGAUCUUGUGAUAGUUAACUCGACCCGGUUGAAUUUGAGGAGUUUGUCGUUGGGAGUGUCAUCGGGAAAGGCGAUUUGUUUGUCCGGACCGGUCGGUUGUGGUAAAACUUCGCUUGUGGAGUAUCUAGCUAGGAAAACUGGCCGAAUAUGUCCCAAAAUGCAGGAAGUAGAACGACGGUUGCAGAAUAGCACAAAACAACGGACCAAUAAGAGAAAGGCUAAUGAUGGGUCUGAAGAACCGUUCGAUAUCAACGUGGAAAUGCUGAGAAAGGAAGCCCCAAGGAAUGGCUUUCUUCGCGUUCAGUUGGGUGAUCAGACCGACGGUAAGAUGCUGCUGGGACAGUAUCGCUGCACGGACAGUCCGGGCGAGUUUGUCUGGCAGGCCGGUGUUUUGACACAGGCCGUCAUCAAUGGAUACUGGUUACUGCUGGAGGAUUUAGAUUCGGCCACCCAGGAUGUUUGUACAGUGUUGACUAAUUUGCUGGAAAAUAAUUACCUGAGCGUGCCGGGUUUUCGAGACUGCCUGCGAAUCGAACCUGGUUUUCAGCUGUUUUUUACGCUUCGAUCGCACAAAACUGCCAGCACGACGCACAACACCUACAGCUUGUUGGAGAAGUAUCUCUACACGGUGAAUGUGAUUCCGCUGAGUCGGUUGGAACUUUGUUCGAUUAUUUGUACGAAAUUUCCGAUGCUCAAAACCGUGGCCAGUAGGAUUGUGGACAUUUAUUUGACGUUUUCGAGUGGUGGUCAUGCGAUCGGGAACGAAGAAAUCGAUGAGAGUAUGAGCAUUCUGGAUGGUGCUGAAGGUGUUAAAAGUAACGGAUUUUUCGAAGAAAACGAAGAUUGUUUACCGAGAUUUCAGUAUGAUAAUUUUCUGUUCGAAAGUCUACCGAGUUCGGGUCGUUUGGUUUCCACCAGAGAUCUGAUCAAACUGUGCCGAAGAUCGGUUCAAAGUUUUUCCGUUACGAGUACGGAGUGUGCUUAUUUUGUGUUUCAAAACGCGGUGGAUUUAUUCUGUUCUCAUUUGCCGACUGGAGAUUCGAAAAGGAAUUUGAUUGUCAGCAUCGGUGGUAAGAUUGGGAUCAACAAAACUCGAUGUGAGCACAUUUGUGACGAUUACAAACCGGAUGUCGAUGUUUCUGCUUCGGCGGAAAUAAAAAUCGGUCGAGUAUCGUUGAAACGAACCUCCGAACCGAUGCAACAGGAACACGAGUGUGACGAAAAUGGUGAAACCUUCCAGCACAAAAAACUCCGACUGGGCGAGAGUGCUUUUGCUCGAGUUAAAACACAAAGCUUCAAAAUGCAGAGCACAGCUCCGACAUUUUCCUUCACCCGGCCAGCAUCCUGCCUACUGGAGAGGAUAGCGGUAUCCGUGGUUCAGAAUGAACCUACUCUGUUGGUCGGUGAAACGGGAGUCGGCAAAACCAGUUCGGUCCAAUAUCUGGCCUAUCAGACCCGGCACAAGUUGGUUGUUAUCAACAUGAACAAUCAAUCGGAUGUUUCCGAUUUGAUCGGUGGUUUCAAACCGGUAGAUCUCAGCUAUGUCAUCACUCCGCUUCGUAACGAGUUCGAGCUACUGUUCGGCAAAACUUUCAAUGCACAGAAAAAUGAAAAGUUCCUGACCAACGUAAGCAUCUGCUACAAACAGGGUGAAUUCAAUGUUCUCGUCAAACUGAUGCUGAAAAUAACUGAAAAAGUAUUCGCACGAAAGCCGUUGGAACCGAAAUGUGUCGACGGGAUCUACGAAAAAUGGGUCAAAUUGCAGCAGAGUCUCCAGAAGUUGGACCACCAGUUGAAAAACCGCGUAAAUGUAUCGUUUGCUUUCAUCCCAGGCUCGCUGGUUAACUGCAUUCGCAACGGAGAUUGGGUUCUGCUGGAUGAAAUUAAUUUGGCUUCUACCGAAACGCUAGAAUGUCUGUCAACCAUUCUGGAACCGGACGGAUCUAUCAUUCUACUGGAAAGGGGUGAUUUCGUGCCGGUAAAACGUCAUCCGGAUUUUCGCAUUUUCGCUUGUAUGAACCCGAACACCGACAUUGGCAAGAAGGACCUUCCGGUCGGUAUCCGGAAUCGGUUUACGGAGUUUUUUGUAGACGAACUAACAUCGGAAAAUGAUUUACUCAUUCUCGUGAACGAUUAUUUGAGCAGCACCGGUAUUCAGAAGGUUCGAAUUUUGAAUACCGUCAAACUUUACCGACGGUUACGGGCGUUGUCGCAGCUGGAAUUGAACGAUGGUCUCGGGAAUAAGCCCGUUUUUUCGUUGCGAACUCUGUGCCGAGCGUUGAGCAUAUGUGCAAAGAAUCUGUGCGGUUCCAUUGAACGUAAUCUGUAUGAAAGUUUCUGUCUUAGUUUCCUUACCCAAUUGGAUUUGAAGUCACAUCAAACUGUGCUAACAUUUAUCCAGAAAACACUACUGAAAGACAUCAAUCAAGCGAUUUCCCACCAGAUCCCGCGGCCGACCCAAGGCGAGCAGUUAAAUUUCGAAGGAUAUUGGAUCGAGAAGGGACCGAAAGAGUGUCAGGAAUGCGAGAGUUACAUUCUGACGAGCAGCGUCCGAAGUAACCUCCGUGAUUUGGUUCGCAUCGUUUCGAUCGGGAAACUACCGGUUCUACUGCAGGGACCAACGUCCGCCGGUAAGACCAGUCUGAUCGAAUACAUUGCCAAACGGAGCGGAAAUGUGUGCCUGCGGAUCAACAAUCACGAACACACCGACCUGCAGGAGUACAUUGGGACUUACGUUGCCGAUGUGACCGGGAAACUGACCUUCAAGGAGGGAGUUUUGGUGGAAGCGAUGCGCCACGGUUACUGGAUUAUUCUGGACGAGUUAAAUCUGGCUCCGAGUGAUAUUUUGGAAGCACUGAAUCGUGUGCUGGACGAUAACCGGGAGCUGUUCAUCCCGGAGACACAGGUUCUGGUGAAAGCACAUUCGAACUUUAUGCUAUUUGCCACUCAAAACCCACCCGGUCUGUACGGUGGGCGCAAAAUGUUGUCCCGUGCUUUCAAGAAUCGUUUCAUUGAACUGCACUUCUCCGACAUUCCCCGGGACGAACUGGAAGUGAUCCUAGAGAAGCGUUGCCUGAUUCCGAAGUCUUAUUCACAGAAAAUGGUAAAAGUUAUGUGUGAUCUUCAGCAGAAUCGCCGCAGCACUAGUAAGCAAAAUUUCACCCUUCGGGAUUUGUUCCGAUGGGGAAAUCGAUACACUUUCGCAGAUAAGCAGCUCCUGGAAGACACCGGCUACGACUGGAACCAACAUCUGAUAGACGAAGGUUAUCUGAUUCUGUCGUCGAAGGUACGCAAUUUGUACGAGACACAAAUCAUCGAAAAGGCCCUGUUCACUCACUUCCGAAAGCAUGUCUCAGAGGAAAAUCUGUUCGCCCUGGACAAGGACACUUCGAAGGUGACCCGUAGUAUUUUGGAACGGCUACAAAAGCAGACGGCUUUCGACGGUAUCGUUUGGACAUUUGACAUGCGUCGAAUGGCCGUAUUAACCGCCAAAGCACUGCAGUUCAACGAACCGGUUCUGCUGGUGGGUCCUACGGGUUGCGGGAAAACCACAAUCUGUCAAAUUUUGGCUGCUGUUCGUGGCAAAAACCUCCGGAUACUGAACUGCCACAUGCACACCGAAGGAGCGGAUUUCCUCGGUGGAUUGCGACCUUUCCGAGAAGCAGAAUCUUCUACGGGCAAAGACACUCGGCAACUGUUCGAGUGGUCGGACGGUCCACUGGUACUGUCGAUGAUGGAAGGUGGUUUCUUUUUGGCGGAUGAAAUUUCCUUGGCGGAAGAUUCCGUUCUGGAACGUUUGAACUGUUUGCUGGAACCGGCAAGGACACUGUUGCUAGCGGAAAAGGGAGGCGUUUCGGCGGAUGCCUGUGAAUUUGUGAUAACAGCUGCCGAUGGAUUUCAGUUUUUGGCCACAAUGAAUCCGGGAGGUGAUUUUGGUAAGAAAGAACUUUCACCUGCCCUGAGGAAUCGUCUGACGGAGAUUUGGUGUCGUGCCACUGAUUCCGCCGAAGAUCUUGUCCGUAUUGCCGAGCAUGCUCUACGAAAAGGGAUGUCCAAUUCCGUUACAGACUGCGCCAACCUUGCUAAAGUACUAAUCGACAUCGUUUUCGUGCUGAAGAAAAAAAUCGAAAAACUUAAUUUCAGUAUUCGUGACGUACUUGCUUGGAUUGCAUUCAUUUGCAAGAAUCAGUCCCAUCUUUCCCUACCGGAGUCGCUUGUGUACGGAUUGGAAACAGUUUUCCUCGAUACACUAGAGAUGCUACCCUACGAAACCUACGAGGAGAUUGUCGUUCUUCGUCGGGAAAUUCUUGCCGCUUUACAUCGUCUAAUCGCCGAAGUGCUCGACAUCAACCAGUUCAAACUCAACCGAGGAACGACUGUCCAAUCAACGGAGUCUACGUUCGGCAUAGCCCCGUUCUUCAUACAGCUCAGUCCGGAUCAACGGGAUCGUCGAACGGAGUUUAUGUUCAGUGCUCCAACCACUCAAAAAAACCUAUUCCGCUUACUUUCCGCACUGAGCCUAGACAAAGCAAUUCUCCUGGAAGGUCCACCCGGGGUAGGCAAAACGUCGCUGGUCGAGAAUUUAGCUCGAACCACCGGAUUCUCCAUAGUCCGGAUCAAUCUAUGCGAACACACCGAUCUGGCUGACCUUUUCGGAACGGAUCUCCCGGCGGAUGAUCACUCGCUCGACAGUACCGAGCAAUCAACGAAUGGAACAGCAUCGAACAAACUGGGUUCGUUUGUGUGGCGUGAUGGGCCACUUCUGGCAGCUCUGAAAGCCAAAAACACUUGGGUAUUGCUGGAUGAACUGAACCUGGCCCCACAAAGUGUCCUGGAAGGUUUAAAUGCUAUUCUCGAUCACCGUGGCGAAGUGUUCGUUGCCGAGCUGAACAAAACUUUCAAGCUAAGUAAAAAAACGCGCAUUUUUGCCGCACAGAACCCGCUUCGGCAAGGUGGAGGUCGGAAAGGGCUUCCGCAGUCAUUCCUGAAUCGAUUCACCAAAGUAUACCUGCGCAAACUGGAACGGUCCGAUCUGUUACAUGUAGUGAACGGAAAAUAUCGCGUCCAAUUUUCAGCCAUUGGCGAACGUUUGAUUCGCGAUCUCGGACGACAGUCGGGAGAAAAGUGCAGUUAUUUCGAAGCGUUGAACUCCCCGGAAGCGGAGUCGAUUCAGUUUGAUCUAACCGAGCGUAUGGUCAUUUUCUCGGAAAGCCUAGAAACCGGAAUCGCCAAUAUGGAGUUUGGCUACAAGGGAGGUCCUUUCGAGGCCAACUUGCGAGACAUUCUAAGCUGGUGUGAGCUGAUUUGCGGUGAACAAACUGGGUUCUAUCAUAAACGAUUUACCGUAGCACCGUCUUCCCAUCACAAUUUUCUACUGGUUCUGUUCGAAAAGAUGAAACUGGUCUAUAUGCAGCGCAUGCGAACCGACGUGGAUAAAAACUACAUUUUAACCGUGUUUGCCCGAGUAUUUUCAUGCAACGCCUUCGAACUAGAUCAACAGUCGCAAGACAUUGGCUUGUAUUGGACGGAUGAUAAACUCUAUCUAGGUGAUCUAGUGCUCGAUAAAACCAAUCGAGCGAACGACGAAAUCACACCGCGACAAACUACGCAAACGGCCCCACUGCUGUUGACGAGUCAAAUCGAGAUGCUGAAAAACAUUGCCGAAUGUAGUUUGACGGGUAAACCGGUAAUUCUGUGUGGUCCCAGUGACUGUGGAAAGACGAAACUCAUUCAUCUGCUGACGACAGUGAGCCGUCAAUUGUGCAACGUUGAUACGAUCGACGAUUCCGUCACCGGUAGUUUCCAGCAGUUUGAUUUCAAUCGUCACCUGGAGGAAAUGUCCGCCGGUGUGGAAUCGGUUGUGAUGGAUGUCGUGAGAAAAGUUGUCCUGAGUGGUGCCGAGAAUGGGCGGAAAUUGAUGGUGCAGUUGAUCAGUAGUUGGGAGAAGUAUUCAAAGCUGAAUGACGGCAAAUUUGCUUUCACCACGCAAAAUGUUCAAGCAGAAGAAUUGGUGCUAUUCCGGAAACGGCUGAUGGCACUGCAGGAUGUAGUCACUUUGCUAGGCAAGCUCGGAGAGCUUGUCCACGAUCGCCAACGACUGCGCUCGAUGGAUAGCAUUUUGAAGACACUAUUCAGCAUCUCCAAACAGGCGGAAACGCUGAAUACCGGUGGACAUUUCGAGUGGGUAGACUCGAAGGUAGUGAAAUCACUCAAACAAGGUCAGUAUAUCUGUCUCGAACAUGUAAAUCUCUGUUCGUCGGCUAUUCUGGAUCGGUUGAACCCCAUAUUCGAACCGGACGGUACCUUGCUGAUCUCGGAGAAGGGCGUCGAUGGUAACAAUGAGUCGGAGGUCAUUCGGCAGCACGCCAACUUCCGAGCUUUCCUAACUCUGGAUCCCAAGCAUGGGGAAAUUUCACGGGCCAUGAGAAACCGAUGUGUUGAGCUGGCGCUUCAUAGGGAAAUCUACGGAGAGGAUGAUUUGCGGAAGCUUGUAUACGACAGCGGCGUUCGGGAUAGCUGGAUGAUCGACACGAUUCUAGGCGUUCAUCAAGAAGUCAAGACAGUGUCCGAGUUCAAUCAGUUCGGCAUUGCUCACGUACUGAAGUUCGCUUACUUGGUAGGUCAAAACCAACGGAUGGGAAUGGAGGAAAACAAAUGUCUGCUGAUUAGUGCACUGGAAGUUUACGUCCGGUCAUCCAAUAGUGAUUUGCUUGGUCACGGGUUGGAUUACUAUCGGAAUGCAUUGAAGAGAGUGAUUCAGGACCAGGUAGGAAAAGCGCUGGGGUCGGCAAAAAACUUGGUGAAUUAUGAAAACAUUCUGUUGCGAUCCAAUCAACUAACGAAGCUGCAGCUGAUUAAGCUUCAAACCGAACCGUUUUUGUGUAUUCUAAGGUGUCAUUCGCAAGGAGUUUCAGACACAACUGGAACGUUGAGCGCUAUUUCUAGUGCGUUCCACGAACAAACUGACAUCGCUUUGGAGAAUCUGAAAUAUAUGCUGUACAUGUUGUAUGAAAUGAGCAGUUCGGAAGAUGUUAGGUGUCGAGUGAUUUAUCUGGACGAGUCAUUCAAGUCGAUUCAAUGUGCAAGUAGUGAAUCAAACAAAUUCAGCGAUACGACGGCUAUCAUUGAGGUGGAUUUUGAAUUGAAGUCUUGCUCAAAAAAUCAAUGGACUCCACUGGCGCAGUAUCAAGAGCUUGAACACACAAAGCAGGAGAAAGUGGAAGACUCCGAUGGGUCAACAGUAACGAUCGAGCAGAUUUUAACGCAGUUAGAUAGCCUAAAUAGAACAUUGUUUAGCGCAUUAGAAACGUCCACUCUGUCUGCUGGUCACUUACCCUGGAAUCGAUCACUGUUUCCUAGAAUACGUGAAUAUCAGGAAGACGUUGGUGCAGAACAGUAUCAAAUAAGUGCUGCACUUCUGCUCAACACCACCCUAAUACCGGUUGAAGUAGAGAAUUCGAUCAAACUGAGUAAGAUCGAUGUGCUUUCCUAUUCGAAAGCAGUGUCCUUGGGAUUGAUCAACGACAGUAUCGGGAAUGGUUUGGUAACACAGCUGUAUCAAUUUCUGACGAGCUUUAAGCCACUGGUUGAAGAUGCUCUGCGGGUGACAUCUCUGGAUCUUAUCACUUAUACGAAACUUAUCGGAUCCUACCUUUGGAUCAAUCGAUUGAUCCGUCAUUCUCGUCAGAAACUGUUCUUCAACAAGGAAGUGAAUUCCAACGUUAUCGACUACAUCACACUGCAUUUCAAGUGGGUGCAAAAACACUGUCUAGCUAUUUUCGAUCAUCACAACUGUACCCGAUUUCGAGUGUUAAAUAAAUCUCUCGAAGAAUCGGUUCAAAAGAGUAACCACCCGUUAACCCGAUCCCGUAAGUUGUACGCUAAAAACUUCCUGAGCCACCUGCCAUUCUACUCGCAAGAGCAAAUCGACUUCCACCAGGCGAUCGUUGAGUUCAACGAAAAUCUACGCUUGAUUCCGCGACUGACCGGUUCGUUUGAGUACGAAGAUUUCCUCCGACGAGUAGCUUUACUCAAUCACCCGAGAACCAUCGAUGUGAGACGAUCACAUUUGGCUAAACCCGCUCGAUCGGUGGAACUGCUGCUGGUUGAUGUACGGGAUAUUGCGGUGCCUGCCAUCGACAACGAAGCCAUCGGUCAGUUGAUCACACGGAUUAAGCAAUGGAAACCAGUCGGAUCAGACGGGUUUGACGAGCAAUUUCGACAGGACAAUAAAGAGCUGCGGGACUUUGGCAAGUUUACGGAACAGUUGGAGCCACCGGAAAGACCGGACAGUAGUAGCAAGUUUGAGAUAGAAAUGUUGCCGAUUUACGAGUACUUUUUACUAAAAAUGUUGGUUGGAAGCUCGACCUGGAAUUACGACUACGUGGCAGGAGUUCGUUCGCUCGAUUUGGAGACGUUGGAUCUACUAAAAGUGCUACGGGAUCCACAGCACGGACAUGCAGUUGAGGUAACUAGUGCGUUGACGAAGCUUUUGAAAUCGGAACUGGAGUUUGAAGCGGUACUGGAAGCGUUGCCGGCUGGAUUUUAUCGUGGUAUUACCACUUAUUUCAAUACUUUGAACCGCAGGAUGUUCGAAUUACAGCUGAAUUCUUUGGCUCUGAACCAAGUGGUGUGCUAUGGAAUGUGCGGUAGCCAGUCGAAGUAUGAAACUUGUCACAAUCAGAUAUCCAACCAAUCUUUCCAUGGAACGGUGCUCAGCACAAAUUGCUUGUCAAUUCUGUUGGACUAUGGUGGAGAAGAACGAUCUACCGGCUUGGGUGAGCUUCCCGUAUGGAGACGAAUGUUGAACGGUCUACGAAACGUGAUCUGGUGUAAUUCGGGUGUUCUGAGAAAGAACUUCGAUCAGCAGUACGUUGGAUUGGGAAAGGCAGUUGAACAGGCCGGAAAGUUGCUACUUGAACUCGACACGGUACAGAAAUGGUGUCACCAGGAACAGUCCUACGUUGGUCAUGAAAAAUUCGUCCAGGACUUUGGUCUACUGGUUGAAGAACUUCGGCGAUUGGUGGAGCGAUCCAGGUCUUUACGGUCAACCUCGUCGUACGAAGAACUCCGAAGUAGUACCAACCGAAAUCUUCAAUGGCAGCUGCUGUCCUUGAUUCAGUCGUUUAGCGGAGCGAUACAGUUAAACCUGAUGGUUUAUCUUCCCCUAUUGGAUCCCGUGGAGAAAAAUGCCAUGAAAAAGGCGUAUACCAACGAAGACAUAGCACACUAUCGAACCCUUUUGCAGAUCUACGAUUACAUGGCUAUCACUGUGAACUAUCGACAGCUGGGAGAAGUCACCAAGCAAUCAUUUUCCAGCCACCUGGACAGCUUAGAAAACCAACGGGACAAGCUGUGUCGUAAAGUGGCACUACGUCCGGCAACUAAUAUCUACCCGGAUCUGGUCAGGGACGUAAACAACUUCCUAAUGUCCUGUUGUCACCCGGAAAAGCUGUUGGAACUGAUUCAGAAUGGCUCCCGCUGUUUAGAGUUCGUAGUUGAUGUGAGAAACCCAACCAACAAUUGCACCCAGUCCAGAAACUUCCUGCAACGGGCGAACGAAACGAUCAAACAGAUCGAACUGUGGAUCAGCACGGCCGACAGGUACGAACAUCAUACACUGAAACGAUACGGGGCAUACUAUCAAGAUGUUCUGGAACCGUUGCGCUGCUCGAUCGCAACCUUGAAAUGUGGUUUGGUCGGGCUGAAACAUACCCUGAUGAUUCGACGGGACUCGAUCGAAACGAAGAGCAACGGAGUUUUCUUCGACCUAGCUGAGAACGAUGCACUGACGAAGAUUGCCGAGAAAUUCGUUCAGUUUCCGGUGGUUAAACCAAUCGAGCUGUUCGAUGAGGACUCUACCGGACAUACAGUGAAUGUGUACUCCCUGUUGGAGAAACUAGACGACAGCGAGGGAAGCUAUUUUCGGUUGUUAAAAUCAAAACUACAGGAAGUUCGCAAUCAGGUGACGCUUCGGGGUUGUCUAGCCGGGGACGAUUUCCUAGCACUGGACAAGAUCGUGAAUGUUUGCAAUCAGGUUUGGCAAAAGCAGGAACUUUGCAAGCGGAAAAAACAAGCCGAAGAAGAUAGUUUGUAUCAGACGAAGAAUCACUGCGACGAGGAAGAUGAGGAAACGGUAACCCAGCGGGAGAUUGGAAAUCUCUUUCCGAACUACGUCGAUGAAGAUUUUGCUGAUUUCAUCCAGAACGAUACGCUGGAACAGGUGAUCAAGGUUGAUCAGCUGAAGCGAAAUCAGAAGAUCAAGGAAACCAUUAGUGGCGAAGAUUACGGGUUCAUCUGUGAAAGUUUUAUUUAUUUGAUGAGUAAAUUUUCCCGAUCUUAUUAUUACAUUCCGGAGAUGGUAGCGGAUCUACCGGAAACGGUUUCACCCGAUUUUAUCGGUCCAUUCAGAACCAAGAUCGCGAUCUUUCAGCAAGUGUUUCGCAAGUACAAAACGGCAUUGAACAGUAAACUGGACGAAAGUUUCUAUCCGGGUCUAAGCUUGCUGGUGGGUCUAGUCCAGGAAAAGUAUAACGAUAUGGAGCUGCAGUGUUCGACUUUGAUCAGCUAUAACUUCUACAAGGACUCCAAUAUCGCCGAAGUGGUUCAGUGCGUUGAAGUGCUGCAGAAGGUUGAGCUUCGUGUUCGUGCACUACUCGAAGAGUGGCCCGAUCACGCGCUGUUGAAGGACAUCCUACGAAUUUUGGAACGAAUCUAUACACUACCUUCGACUGCUCCGAUCGUACGCUUCAGCACCGGACUGCAGCUGUUGAGACAGAAACUGGACGAAUGGAAUGGGGUAGCACAUCGUUUGAAUAAUUUGCGCGAGCUGGAAACGGAUAUCGUCCAAUUCGUUCACCGUUGGAUGCGAAUGGAGUUACAAUUUUGGCGAGACUGCAUGACACAAACGCACACGAAUGUUCGGUCCAAAGCCUAUCGGUAUUGGUUCUUCGUGUACAAUCUGUUGCACGAAUAUCUGCAAAGUGAUUCGAAAGCCAAGUUAGGUAACCUUCUGGACUACCGAAAGGUGGAGCGCUAUUUCGGACAGGAUGAGCUAUUGGAUGACGACGAUGACGAAUCGAAAGAUGGCAAGGUUCAGAUCACGGAUUUGAUUCAUGUGUUGAAGCAGUUCAUGGAAUCGUCAAACUAUGCGGAGUUCACCACCCGUCUGCGCAUACUAAAAUCCUUCGAGCAGUACUUAAUGUACCUAAACUACGACGACAAUCGUCGGAAGGAUACGGUGAUCGCCAUUCUGUACAAUCUGCAUAUGUACUACGAUCAAUUUUCGGCGGAAAUCGAAGAACACAUCCGAUCCAAACGAAGUCCCAUCGAGAAGCGAUUGAAGGAAUUCGUUAAAAUAGAAUCCUUCAACAAGGAUCUUUCCUACUUCAGCAUGCGCAACAACAUAGCCCGGGUUCAUCGACAGCUGCACAAAUUCCUGAAAGAAUUCGAAACUGAGAUCAAGGAAAAAAUUCUACCCGUGUUCAGUCCGAAGGACCCUGCCCGGGAGAUCACCGAUGUGGAACAACAAAAAGGAAAGAACCUCCGUGCGGAAUCGAAGAUCACCUACUACAUGGUAGACGUAAAAAGCUUCAUGGCAUCACCCAAGCUGAAAGAUAAAUUUUCCAUCCGUGCUGUUCCGCUGGAAUCCGGAACCAAUGAAGAACUGCUGGCUCGUAUCGAUCAGUACUUCCUGACAUCUCGUACUAUCGUGAAGGAUGCGAUUCUACAUGCACCCUUUCCGGGACUGAUCUACAACCUGGACACGUUCUUACACGAUCAAAUCGAAACGAUCGAGUAUCUGCGUGGGCUGGAGGUCGAUCGCGAUCAACCGAAACCGAAGCAGAAAUCCCAAGCGAAGCACAUUUUGAACCAGAAGCGGAAAACCCUUGCCGACUUUUACAAAAGUUUAACCCUGCUUGGGCUUAGCUAUCGCAGUGGACUGGUCGAGUGUGGCAUCGAUCAGGACCCGGUCGAUUUGACGAUGAAACCAUUUUCGGUAGAAUUGUUGACACAAAACAGCAAGUAUCGGAAGGUUGAUCAACAUCUCGUAUUUCUGAACGAUAAACUAAGUCUGUACUAUUCGAAGUGCGUGUUCAAGAUCAAAAUGCUCCUGAAAGUGAUGCUACAACCGAAUGCCGACGUUGGACUGAUCAAUAUCGAACGAAUUCGAGGUUUCGCGAUCGAUUUCUUCCUGGUAGUGCAAAAUCAGCGACGUGAGUUGGGCUGCUCGAUUGGCAACGUAUGCGAAUUGAGAGAUCGAAUUCAGGAUAUUACCCAGCUAGGCAGUUGUCUUGAUUCCAACGUGAAGAAAUUCCACUUCGAUCAUUCCAGACGGCAGCUAAAGAGCGUAAGGAAAUGUUUGAUCACCAUCAAAAGUGUCCUGGAGCAAUUCAACCUUCUAUUCAAAUGUGUUCCGAAUCAAGCUCAACCGGAACUGACUGUGCUGACGGGCGAAGAAGGCUUUACUGCGAAAUCGGCUGCACCAAUAGCCAAACUAUCCCAGGACUGUUUGGGCCUGACAAACAAAUUACUCGAUUUUCUCAAAAAAUCAGACGAUUCCUAUAUUCCGGACGAUUUUUCCGCCGACGUAGAAAAGCAAUUCAACGAAAUUCACAACAAACUGGAUGCUCUCCGCGAUCAAAUGAAAUUUGACAACUCCGACGAGUAUUCGGUCUAUGCCCGAUCUAUCAUCGAUCUUCUGAAAGUGAUUCGUUCGGUGACCGUAGAAUGGACCAAUGAAAACAACGACGGUCCCAAUGCCGACGAGACGUACGACGAGCAAAGCCUAAAUAAUGAAAUCGAAAACAUCAUUCACUCGAUUUUGCUCGCCAUGCAGCACAUCUACAAAAAGUAUUCCUCCCCUCCUGAACAGAAACCGAUCUCAGAAAGCGUCAACGUCGAGAACGCUACCAACGACGAACACAAAAACCACAACGACGACGACGAUCACGAAUCCAAUCCGCUGCUUCCACAUCAUCUAAAACGAAAGAUCAACAGUGAUCUGCUGCAAGACUUCCGAACGCUCAACCUGCGUAAAGUGAUUACCAAGAUUGCAAACCUGUUGGUCAUACUGGAAUCGUUGCGUGAUCCGAAGAAAAGUGCCGCCGUCAUUCGUAAGCUUACCCGUCUGGUACCGAUUCUGGAGCAGUUCAACCUCCUGGUGGAGUACUAUCUUAUCCAGCAGCUGGGAGCGCACAAAAUCAGUACCAAAAUGCUUUCGGUUAUGCUGACAGUGUUCAUCGAACUGGGCAGCAAAGGAUUUUGCGUACCGAAGGAUUUGUUGGAAGACGACCGGGAAGCUGGUGGCGAACAGCCCGACGAUGGACAGGCGAGUGGCGAAAAGUUCGGUUUCGAGGAUGGCGAAGGCGAGAAGGACGUAUCGAAUAAGAUCGAAAGUGAGGAUCAGCUGGAUGAUGCAAAGAAACCGGGACAGGAGGACGACAAAAAUCGGGAAGAGGAAAAGGAUAACAAGGAAGAGAAGGGUAUCGAUAUGAGUGAAGAUUUCGAUUCGAAGCUGCAGGAUAUGGAGAAACCGGAAGGUGAUGAUUCGGAUGAAGAGGAGAAGGACGACGAAGAGGACAUCGAUAAACAGAUGGGAGAAACGGAGGAAGGGGCCGAGAAACUGGACGAUCAGAUAUGGGGUGACGAUGAGUCGAAAGAGGAAGAGGACGAAAAGGAAGAUGAUAUGGAAGAAGAGGAGGGUAAAGGUUCCGCCGAGGCCGAUGAAAAGCACAACAACUUGGAUUCGGAAAAGGAAAAAGCACCAGGAGAAGAAGAAGAUGGUCUGGAUGCUAUUGAUCAAGCAAAGGACGAUAAAAAGAAGGAAAAGCCGAAAGAUAUCGAUGAUGUGAACAACCAGGAAGGUGAAGAAGAACAGGAAAAUCCAUAUCACAAUCAGUUAGAAGAACCACCGCAGCCGGAAGACUUCGACUUGGAUGAGGACUUCAAUCUCGACAACGAUGAUAACGCGGACAAGCAGAAAAACGAUGAAAACGAACAACAGGAGAAUCCAUUUGACAUCGACAACAUGAAAGAUGGUGCUGAUAAUCAGGACGAAGGAGACGAAGAUGCAAAAGAUGAUCAAAAAGAUGGAGAUAAAGAUGAAGGUGAAGAAGAGUGCCCUUCUGACGAAGAACAAACCGAAGGUGAUACAAAAUUGGAUGAGGAAGCACAAGAAAAGGACGACCAGGAAGAACAGCCAAACCCAGAGGAUGACGUCCAGCAAAUACCGGAAGAGAACAAGGAUCAAGAACCAGAACCCGAACAAAUGCAGACGGAUGAAGCGGACAACAAAAAGAAAGAACCGAUGGAGCAUCAUGAGUCGAAGGAUAAACAAUCGAAAGAAGACCGGAUAGAAGCCAUGCCAGAUACGGAAAACAAAGGCAGCAGCGAUCAGGUAGCGAACGAGAAGCAGGAAACAAAACAGGAAGAUGAACUGAACGAACAGGACACCGGUGAGGACAAAGAUGGUGUUGGUCAGGCGGAAAACGAACAGGCGGAUAGUGGCCAUCAUGGCAUAGCGGAGUCAAAGAAGACACAAGCCAAACGCGAUCAAAAUGAUCAGAAGCAGAAGCAGGAAAAACAUCAACAGGGUAAUACGGAUGAGGACCGUAGCCUGGGAGAUCCGGCUAAGGCAGAAAAUAAGAGGCUAAAAACGAUUGCCGAAAUGAACAGAAAUGAUCGAACGGAAGAAACCGAAGAAAAUCCGGAACAGGAGGAUGCGUCCGAAGAAUAUCAGCACGUGAAAGACGCCAAACAGAACGACAAGAUUACGCUGGACAAUGCCACUGAGGAGCAAUCGAAAAAGAUACAACACCAAGAAACGGAGAAAGAAAGUGAUGACGAUGCCAACAAGGAGGAUGAAGGAGCCGAGGAACUGAUGGAAACCGACGAACAGCUAGAGGUACUAGACGACCAGAAUCAAGAGCUUGUGGAGAGUGAAAAGAACGAUGGUAAAAAGGACAAACCGGCGAAGAAAAGAGAAGAACAACAGGACACCGCCAAUCCAAUGGAAACGGUUGAUGUUGACGGAGAUGUCGUCGAAACGGCACAUGUGACCCGAGGUGGCGAAACUACGGCUCAUACCAUCAUGGACAUUCUGAAUGAUAUGACGGUUCCGGAGGAGCCGUCGACGACCGAAAUGCUCGAUUUGCGGAAAAUGGUCGAGAAAGAAACGCUUGCCGUAAAUGCAGUUCAACCGGAGCACGGUGACUUCGACCGUUGGCAGGAGAUUUCCAACCGGAUGCUGCCGAAUGCACGGGAACUGUGCGAACAGCUUCGCCUGAUUUUGGAACCGACGAAAUGCACCCGAUUGAAGGGUGACUAUCGAACCGGUCGACGGAUCAACAUGAAAAAAAUCAUUCCGUAUAUUGCGUCUCAGUUCCGCAAGGACAAAAUCUGGCUGAGGCGAACGAAGGCGGCACAACGAGACUACAAGAUUACCAUUGCGGUUGACGAUUCAAAAUCGAUGGACCAUAAUAACUCCAAGGAACUGACUUUGCAAGCGAUUUCGCUGGUGUCACAGGCGCUUACGCUGUUGGAAAGCGGCCGUUUGAAUGUGUUGUCAUUCGGUGAAUCUCCGAAAAUUUUGCUCAAACACUCCGAUCAGUUUGAUGGUGCGAAACUGAUCAAUUCGUUGAACUUCGAGCAAAAUCAAAGCAGGAUUGCCGAGCUGCUGGACUUUGUAAGAACGUUCAACUCCGAAGAUUCGUCUUCGUCAGACAAUGGAAUAUUUGAAAAUCUGCUGCUCGUGCUCAGUGAUGGGCGAAACAUUUAUAGUGAAGGUGAGAAAAAGGUGAAAAACUCGGUUAAACUUGCGCGCCUUCAACGAAUUUUCGUGGUCUAUGUAAUCAUCGAUAAUCCGGAUAAUAAGCAUUCUAUAAUGGAUAUCCGGGUGCCACUGUUUACACCGGACCGCAACGAAAUUGUAAUGCAAUCCUAUUUGGAUGUAUUCCCAUUUCCAUAUUACGUGAUCGUGCGAGAUCUAGGCCAGUUGCCUCUAGUACUGAGCGACGCUAUGCGUCAAUGGUUCGAGCUCGUGAACAGCGCACAGUAAAUAAAAUAGCAUUUAUAAACUUCUAAAGUAGAUGUUGAGAGUUUUGUUUAUAUUAUUAUAUAUUGAAUGUAAAUAUAAUACAUAAAAUAGUUUAUUAUC